UCACACUCUGCUCCUCUCCUGUCCCGCUGCUCCGUCUCCAGUCUCUCCGGGGAAACAGCCAUGGAAGGCGACAACAUAAUAAUGCCCGUCUGAGUCGGCGGAGGAGGCUUUUCAAGAUGCCAGGCCUUUUGUCCAGUCCUGUGUGUCUGACAGUCAUCUGGUUUCUGUCCUGGUCGCUGCAUCCUAGUUGGGCUCAGAUUCGGACUGAUGAAGUGUCAGGCGUGCAGUACGGGCACUUGGAGUCGAAUGUGACACUGGCAUGCGGGAAGUCGCAAAUCAGGAUGCCUGUGGUGUGGCAUCUCAACCACAGCUCCGCGCUGCCGUGGCACGAAGUGACAUCCAACGGCACCUUGGUCCUGCUGCAGGUCGACCACUCGGCACAGGGCAUCUACAGCUGCUACGAUAACAGAGGGCUGCUCCUUCACUCUGCAAAGCUCCGGCUUGGUCAUUCCCCCGGGCUGCUGAGUGUUUCCUGUCGAGUGCCCAAUCACACACACGUGCGCUGCUCCUGGGUGAACUCGGUGAGGACCUUCCUGCCAGCCCAGUACAACGCCUCCUUCAAGGGCAAGGGGGCCGAGUGGAGGCCGUGUGUCCUGGAUGUCGCCCGCAAGCGUUGUGAUGUAGACCAACCCGCCUUCUGGCAGACCAUGCACACUCUGAGAGUCACGGAGACCAACGCCCUGGGGUCCAUUACCACAUAUCACAUCGUCAAGCUAAACAAGCUAUUGAAGCCAGACCCUCCAGAGGCCUUGAUGGUGAAGGCACUAGAAGGUUAUCCAAAGAGGCUGAACGUCUCCUGGAAGGUUCCCUCCUCCUGGCCGGAGGAGGUUGCGUUUCCCCUGGUGUUCCACAUCAGAUACAGGCCGCAGGGCUCUGUGUACUGGUCCGAGAUCUACUCGGAGGAGAGUCCAGUUGUGGUGUUAGACGCCCUGGCUGGCCACCUGCACCAGGUGCAGAUUCGAACCCGCGACGAGCUGGACACAGAGAGCCAGUGGAGUGAAUGGAGUCCCCUGCUUCUCAUCCGGCCCUGGGAAGCCUACACCACCUCGACUGACCCCCCCGAGGACUCAGAGGAAACAUUAUCAGACAAUGUUGAUCCCUUCAACACGAAGCUUGAGACCUCGACUGCAAAAACACACAAUCCUGUGAUUGAAGAAGAAGGUAAUUUGGGUUUGGUGAUUUUGCUGGUUUUGUUCUCCGUGGUCAUCCUCAUCACCGUCCCCUCCCUCAUCUAUGUCGUGUGGGUGAGGCAGGGGCGGAGUGAUCCCGUGACCAAACAGGAACUCACCUCUAUGGUCAAUAUGAAGUCCAUGCCAAUCUAAUGUUGAUUUCAAGGAUCUUCCCAUCAUCGGCCCGUUCUAGGGCUCCUCACAACAAGAACCAGGCUGCGUCCGAGUCCAUCCUUGAUCCAGGACGACAGGGACAAACACACACACGGAGCUGCAGAGUGUAUACAAGCUGACUGAAGGGUUUUUGCACAAAUCACAUGUGCAGGAUUUUUCCUGGACACAUUCAAUGCUUACACCUGACUGCACUUCCCAGAAUGCAUCAGCCGACUCCACUUCCACUGUCCACGGGGGGGGACACAGAAAACGUGUCCUCGCUUGCUUCACUGCAGCUCACGCCUCCACAGACUGUGGGAGGGACGCUGCACCAGGACAAUCCAGUUCACUCACAACCGACGCUGCUUCAGGUGGACUGACUCCUCGACCCGUUCAGGGAGAGGGGGGGCUGACCUUGUUUUUUUUUAACCGUUGAAACUUUUAGGUAACAAAUGAUUACAGGAAGUGCAGCUGCCAAACAGGAGAACAGAAGAUUUUAUUUUCUUUGUGGGACAACUUGCUUUUUUCCCCCCCGAACCCAGAACUCCUCACUUUCUUGUUUUGUAUUUUAUUUUUUUGGAGAUUCAGAUUAAUGUGUGUCCGUUACUACACCGACCGACUCAACGCUGUGAAGGAAGCUUAACAAGUCUCUGUGUGCGUCUGAUGCCAAAAGCAGCAACUACGGGCAUUAUGGUUUCAGCUGAGGGGGCAGGAGACGACCUGUCCCCCGCUCCUGACCUGAGGGGGGGUGGACACGGAGCAUAAGGUCCAGGGUGGGUGGCCCGGGUUAUUUAGACUAUAUUUCAUUUUACGACAAAUGAUUUUUACAUGUUGCAUGACAUGCUUGUUUUAAUUGUCUUGAUGUCAUUAGUACGCGUCACUUUGUUUUGUUUUUGUUAUACCUCUUUUUCUAUCAAUCCAUCCACUGUUCCUGAAUGUGUGUGAAGAAAAGACACACACGAGCAGAAAGAGAUCAGAGAAGAGAUACGGGCCUGUCACAGAGCACCAGCAUGACCACAUUACUUCAGUAGUUAGUCAGAGAAUAUUAGAAUAUAGAUAUUCAACUAAUACUUUAAUACUAGACUCCAAAGAAACAAUUACUUCUUUCUUUGAAAAUGGUUUAAUGUCGUUUUUUUCUCAAAGAGAUUAAACAGCCUCUACUUAUGGAUAGAAUUUAGACUCAGUCAAAUUGAAUCAAAUCUGGUUAUUUUUCGCUAUCAUCAUAUAAAUAGUCAUCACUUAAACUAAAUAGUCAAAAUCCAAAGCAAAUAAUAAUUCUGCAUCGUCCAAGAGGAGGUUUUCAAAUUGUUUGUUUUCCUAAUUCCACAGAUAUUAAGUUUAAAAGAUUUGAAAUUUGAGGAAAAGCCUGUUUCAGUUCGUUGUCCUCAUUACAACAUUAAAUAAAUUAAGUUAAUCAGCUAUUUUAUUAAUCAAAGAAAAAGUAUGGCCACAAUAUAAUUUACUGCCUCGAGACCAUUUUAGGAUCCAGUGUGUAAGGGUGAAUGUUGAUGGGGGGGGGGGGGGGGUUUGCUGACGUGAUUCCUUGCACGUUUGGUGAAGUUUAGGAUGAAAUAAAAAGUCGGGGCAUUGACAUAGAAUCAAUAAGAAUGAACAGCUGCAGUUAAAGUUUAGACCUGGGUUAAAGUUAGAGUUAAGGUGACACGGCAAAGAACAGGACUCACAAAAUACUGAACUGUCCGGCUUCCACUUUGAAAGUCGAGCAUGGUUGUGUGUGUGUGUGGGCGUGUGCACGAGACGAGCACUGAGACGGAGACUUGACAAGAGCGACUCUAGGUUUCUGGGUGGUUGUUUUUAAAGAUGGACGACGUAGCAGCUUAUCUUGAUCACCCCCUGGUGGCUGGCUGCAGUAUCGGUCAGAAACCCUGCUUACAAAAAUAUACGUUAAAUCCAUUUUUUCUCAAAUGUGUUUUCAGUCAAUUUAGAUAAUUCCCAUCACACCAAUGACAAAACGCAAGAUGGCAGCACCUGGAUACAGAAUGUUUUAUUAUCCAUCUUUAUAUACACUCCAUGGUUUCACUGUAUGAAAGACUUACAGUUCAGUGUUCGUGGUUUUCAUUAAAACAUUUAUUUCCUCCUCUUGUUUCUGUCGGUCCGGCUGUUCUAUGCUCUGUUGAUCCAAAGCUGUGUAGGUUUUUCAGAUGGACAGAUUGUGUAGUUUGUAUCAGAAACACAAGGUGCAUAUACGUCGGACUCUUUCCAGUUUGACGACUGUAUGUUCUCUCAAGCUAGCUCGACAUAUUAUGCAUGAAUCCAGUUGAAGCUUUUUUUUUGUAUAUUAUUGUAUAUCACACUUUAAAAAAAAAAAGUACAUAUGUAUGUUAUACGUGAUGUUUAUAUGUAGAGAAAAAAAACGUUGUCUUUGGGAUUGUUUCACACACAUGGUUUAACUCAGUCGGUAGAUUAGCACAAAUCUCUCUUCACGCAGUUUGGUGGAAAUUGGUUUGGUAGUUUUUGUGUAAUCCUGUUAACAACAAAAACAACAUCGUCACAGGUAGAAACAAAACUUAUUUUGUGUAGUUAUUCGAAUUCAGAUUAUAUCAUGUACGUUUUUUAAGAAUACAGUAAAUUCUGUAACAUUUCAAUGCAAAUUAUUUUACGUGACACGAUGAAAAACAUCUACCGACUGAAAAUAAUCCAUGUCUGCAGAAACGUCCCCCUGUUGUGUGUUUGUGUCUUUUCUCCCCAGUUAUAUGAAGCUGUUGUUACUGUACAUUUACUGUAUGGACAAUGUGUUAUGUCUGAAUUCAUCUUCGUCCAACGUGUGUUCCUAAAGUUCACUGUUCCCCUUCCUUCACGUCUUUUGUUUUCAGAUGAACCACAAAUCGAUCUUUAUUUUUUUCCUGUCUCAACUCUCACACAGAAAGCAAAACCAUUUGGUUUUAUCUUACUUUGAAAAGGUAGAUAAAGUUUAGAUGGGUGUUUAAACAGGGUAUCUAGACAAUCUUUAAAAUAAAAUACUUUUAUACUGUACUUUAUUAAUUGCUAAAUUAAGAGAGCUAUUUUUUUUAAUCAAAAAUUCAGACUUUCUGUAACCAGAAUAUAAUUUUUUUACAAUUUAAAUAGCAAAAAAAAAAGACGAGAAUUCUCCCUAAAAGAUUUUUUUAAGAUAAAAUUAAAUAUCGACCAACCUUCACAUUGAGUUUAAUGUUCUUCUAAUUUUGUCUUUCUCUUUCACUUCUGUAUCAUUUUCUGUUUGUGUGAAUGCACUUGUGGUUUUUCCUCUGUCUUCUCCAUGAUCCUCUGCAUUAUGUGACAGCAGAUGGAGCCUCUGCUGGUUUUAGUUCUUACGACUCAAAUUACACUCAGGCGUCCAUUCUCAGAUGUACAUAGUCUUUUUUUUUUUUUUUUUUUUUUUGCUUCAUGUGUACGACAGAUUUCACUAUAAGCUGCUUGUUUUUUUUCUCCCCGUCUUUGUAUGUUUCUGUGAAAUAAAGACUAUUUUAUCACAA